AUGCAACGAGCACAAAGAGGCUAUAUUUUUGAGAAAGGCGCGGGAGGUAAGCGGGAGUGCGGGGGCGAGGAGCACGAUGGGCUCGGAUUACAGCGGCCAUCUGCCACUGAACAGUACAAUCAACCUAACGAGUGCGUUUGCGAUGGAUUAAAGCCUAAUACCGCUGCGAACAAUGCCGCUGGCGCCCUUUAUCAGCACAUUUAG